AUGCCCCCAGGCGACAGUCAGGGCGAUGAGUCAAGCUUUACCGUUAUCGAAACGGUAACGCGGGACGAACAGUCAGUGAUAGCGCGAAACGUGAACGUGGUGAGGCCGCUAGCGCGCGAUGUACCGCCUGAGGCGCGCACCAUGCUCGACGACAAAUUCUCGCAGGCCCUUAACAUGAAACUGAAGCGUUUGAAGCCGCGCGAAGCCCGCGUGCCACUGGAGAAACCUCGCUUCGUUACAACAGUGCGGUGUGGAGAGUUUCUGCCGCCGCCACCGCCGCUGGCCAGCCUCCUUCGGCUGACUCCCGCCCCCCUCUACUCCUACUCGAGCAGACCGCAUCCGCUCGCGAUACGCCACAAGCGUACUGCCACACCACGAUACGGGAGUGUGGUGACAGGUGCUACGGGUGCUACGAGCGCGCAGUACAGUAAUGUUAUGCACGACAAGCGCGUCGUGCGCGGCAGCACUUUCGCUGCGCACCCACAUGCAGCUGGAGAUGGACAAGAGAGCGCGGCGGCCCGCGCAGCGCGGACCCGACGUCGCGCGCUUGCGCGGCGUGCGGCUCUGGCCCGACUGCGGCCUGGCACACCACCACCGGCACCUGGCCGACGACAUCUACCCGUACAGACAGAGCGCUACCUUGAGGAGCUAUUCGAUAAAGGCCUGGAGGUAGAGGCGGGCGUCCAGACGGAUCUGUUCGUGGACAGGCCCGCUACCCCGCGCUAUGUACCUGCGAUCACCGGGGCGCAUGCCGCUACGCAGAUCUAUCCUGGAGACCUGUUCGACUUCGAUCUAGAAGUGCAAGGGAUCGUGGAAGUGCUCGUCGGCAAGACCGUGCAGCAAGCGUUAGGAGAAGUGGCGCAAGAAGAGGAGCUCGAGACCCUGCGAGAGCAACAGCGCCGCUACCGAGAGUUACGCGAUGCUGAACUCGCUGAACGGCAACGAUUGGCCGCUACGGACGUCCGGCUACAACACGAAAAGGAACGGCGCGUGGCUGAGGCUCGAGCUGCAGCGAUAUCGGCGCAGGAGGCACGACAACGAGUGGCAGCUGCCACUCUCGUGCAGGGCUACGUCGCAGAACUUCUGCCCUCUGUGUUGGCUGGUCUGCGCGACGCCGGGUACCUCGUACGACGUCUUCACAGAGGUGUUGAAGAAGAAUUCAUGCCAUGGCUGAUAGAGGAGGUGUCAAAAGAGAUCGAGUCGAUUAUUACGAGUCGUGAUGUUAUUACGGAAAUCGUUCGCGAGGUGACGGAGGCCCGAGCGGAGCUUUAUGCGUCGGCAGGCGAAAGAGAGGCACAAUACGAAACACCGCUAGACUCUUUGACGCCGCCGGAACCUUCGCCCGAGGAAGAGGAUGCUAUAAUUGAAGAUCAGUGA